ACCACCACCACCACCAUGGCCUCAUCCAACAAGCACUGGACGAGCAUGUUCAAGUCCAAGCCCUGCAUCAACCAAUGGCAGCAUGAUCACAUCAUUCACCAGAAAAAUCUAGGCUGUGAGGAGAGGAGCCCCGAUCCGAAGCCAAGGUGGAACCCGAAGCCGGAGCAAAUCCGGAUCCUGGAUGCCAUCUUCAACUCCGGCAUGGUGAACCCCAGCCGCGAUGAGAUCCGCAAGAUCCGACUUCAGCUCCAGGAGUUCGGACCCGUCGGCGACGCCAACGUCUUCUACUGGUUCCAGAACCGCAAGUCCCGCUCCAAGAACAAGCACGGAAACCGCAACCACCUCAGCCCGGCAGCCGCCCGCCGCACACCGAAACCAUCCCCCACCGGCUCCUCUUCCUCCUCCUCCUCCUCCUCAGCCCAGUCCGCCGACUCCGGCAACAAAACCCUACCCCUCCCGACUAGAUUCCAGCACUUCUCUCCCCGGCUGCCGCCGACGACCUUACUCCCAAAGCAGAUGAACUCACUCGCGGAGCCGGCGUAUCAAGAUAUGAGCACCGGAAUCAUCAGUUCCGACGGCCUUUACGAUCCUGAGACGCCGAUGCAGCUACUCAUGAAACCAGAUCAUGAUGAUCACCAAGAGUACAAGUUGAAGAUGCAAUAUUUACAACAUCUUUAUGCAGCAGCGGCAGCUGCUGCCGCUGCUGCUGCUGCUGUUCCAACUUCUAGUGCUGCCACUGUAGGCAGCUGCGUUAAUGGUAGCCCUAUCAGCGACAUACAAGGUAUGAGCUAUUAA